AUGACGAUGAAGCAACUUUUGACCGUGCAUCAUGCGCUGCCUUCCCAAGUUAAGGCACCGGCUCCACCUAUUGCUAUCAAGUUGGAUGGCAACAACUAUGGCCUUUGGUCCCAAAUUGUCGAGAUGUACAUCUCAAGCAAAGACAAGUUGAAAUAUAUUAAUGGGGAUCUUCCCCAACCUUAUUCAAUCAAUCCUAUCGAGGAUUCCAUAAUGAAAGGAUGGAUAAUCAACUCCAUGGACAUGAUGUUGAUUGACAAGAUUUAUGUUAUUGUCGGGAAGGAUAUGAAGGAGAGCACAUCAAGGCUUGUUUGGACGGUGCGCCAAUCAAAAGGCAACUUCAAGAUCUGCAUCGUUCAUGUUUUAGUUCCUUCACGGACGAUCCCAAUUGCCCUGGGUGUUGGAUUCCUCGCGCCCGCGGCGAACGAGAGAGUGUUGAGAGAACACAGAGAAAACGAGAGGAAAAACAUGCAUGAACUCUUGGAGAGCUACCUGCUCUAUUGUAGAAAAAUGGGGGUACAAGCAGAGAAAGAGUAUAUAGAAUUGGACAGCAUUGAGAAGGGAAUUGUGGAGCUCAUUCGUUUGCAUGGGAUCAAAAGGCUUGUAAUGGGUGCCGCUUUGAAUAAGCACUAUUUCAAGGAAGCUCGGAUGGUUCAAGCAGUGGCAGAAGUUCCUACUAAUAUGCCAUUGCCAACGACUCCAAGCCCCGGAGCAGGAAAGCCGAUUCUCUGGAAGUCGCAAUCUGCCACACUGCAGAGGAGUGGUACGGUGAAGUUGAGCAAUCCAUUUUAUGACAUUCUGACAAGAACUUUCUCUUCGAUCAGAGACCAAUGUGCAGUGAUGCCAACAGCUUCUUCUUCCUCAGAUGGGUGUCCAGUGCAUCCUAAUGCGGCUAGCGUGCUGGAGAGGCAAGAUACUUUCCAAGAACUAGAACGAGUUUCAACAAGCACUUCCCAUUGUCCGCAGUCUGUUUAUCAUAGCCUGUCAUCAAAUUCCUGGCCUCUGGAUAUGAAUGAAAACGAUGCGCAAGAAGUGCUUGAGGAGGAAAUGAUGACUUGUGAUGAAGCGGAUGUAGAUUUCAUUGGAGGCAGGCCAAAGGAUCCCAGUAAGAGAUUAUAUGCUGAGAAGUUGAAGGAAGAACUUGAGAAGGUGAUGGAAGAACUUCGCAUUGCCCGGGCCCAGAAAUCGCAGCUGGAGGACCAAUUUGUGGAGACCGACCAGAGCAGAAAGCAGUUGGAGCUGAAAAUCAUUGCAAGCGAUGAAAUGUUGCGGACUUUUAUACAAGAGCGAGAGCUGUUGCAGAUCGAUCUCGAGAAUGCACUCCUAAAGGCCGAGGAGGUGAGCAGAAGAAAAGGAGAUUCCUCGGGCACAAAGCACUUCUCCGAGUUCUCCUUUACCGAAAUUGCAGAAGCUGCGCAGAACUUCGACCCAUCCUUAAAGAUCGGAGAAGGUGGUUGCGGGAGCGUGUAUAGAGGUUUGCUUCGACUUACGCCAAUGGCUAUAAAGAUAGUGAAAUGUCCUGGCAUGCAAAGUUCAAAAGAUUUUCAACAGGAGGUCGAUGUGUUGAGAGAGGUGAGGCAUCCUAAUCUCAUCACACUCAUCGGCGCUUGUCCCCAUCCCUGCACUCUUGUUUACGAAUAUAUACCAAACGGUAGCCUCGAAGAUUGGCUCCGCAGCAGCUACAGGGCGAAGCUGCUGCCGUGGCCAGCCCGAAUCCGCAUUGCCACAGAGCUCUGCUCCGCCCUGGCCUUCCUCCACUCUUGGGAGCCUCACAGCAUUGUCCACGGAGACGUCAAACCGGGGAAUAUCCUACUGGACGCGCACUUCGUGAGCAAGCUCAGCGAUUUCGGCAUCAGCCGAGUGCUGUCCGGUGGCGAGUGGUCGAGCAACAACACCACCGUCGUGCACCUGACCGACCCAAAAGGAACGUUUGGGUACAUGGACCCUGAGUUCCUCGAGACGAGAGAACUCACAACGAAGUGCGAUGUCUACUCUUUCGGGAUUAUAUUGCUCGAGUUGUUGACGAGGAGGCCCGCCCUAGGAAUAGCAAACGAAGUGCGAAAGGCAAUUAGCGCAGGGACUUUGGAGGCCAUCUUGGACCCAUCGGCUGGAGAGUGGCCCUGUACGCUGGCCAUGGAGCUGACUCAUUUGGCUUUGAGGUGCUGCGAGACGAGCAGAAGGAAUAGGCCGGAUCUCCGAUCGGAUGUGUGGACGGUGCUUCAAUCGAUGCGAGCUUCCAGUCGAUAAACCUAGACUUCUGAAUACUCGGGAAUUGAGCGGUAUACAUGUUGUGGAUGUGUACUUGAUCUUCAAGUAAAUAGACUUAUCGGGUCAUGUGUCGAAGUCAUCCGUGAGUACCGACCAAUUGGUGUAUGCACAAACAUAGAUCUUUUGCUAUGUCAUGUAUUAUCUUGUUGAAAGUUCUCCCGGUAUGUACCCACCAACGUUCUUAUGAAUAGAUUUUUGGAAAAUGGGAAGCUGACGGCGCCGUCACUCUGUCAAGAGUGACGGUGCCAUCUGCACCUCACAUUUCCCCAGGGAGACUGGACUACUUGCUUGUCCGAUUUCCUUGGGAAAUUAGAGUCCCAUUUGAUGUUCUUGGAACCGCACAUUUUUUUUAGGUUCAAAGCUUCUUUCUCUUUUUGGGUUU